AUGAGUGACAGCAAUCAAUUGAGGGACUCGAACCCAGUUCCUCCAGACGUCACAGCAGGAAGCUCGGUUCAACCACCACGCAAGUUUUCUCGGUUUCUCAAGAAAGCCAAGGAUGGUGUCGCGAAGAAGUUUUCUGGUCAGGCUGAGAUCAUAAAGAAGCGCUCGAACAUGAAGAAUUUGCGCAGCCACGAGCCUGAGGUUCAGGAUGCUCUAUCUGUCGUAAAACAAACUGCUGAUCCCAAAUCGGCACUUCAACACGCUAAGGAGGCUGUCAAAGGGAUCAAACCACUUUCGAAGCGAGUGCAAUCUGCAGUAUCUACCACCCAAAAUGCACCAGCGGGUCUCGAAGACGCAUAUACUUUACAGGAUACAUAUCUCAAACCCCUCAAGAUAUUCGACAAUGUGAUCGGGACGCUCGCGGAUGUACAUCCAUAUGCAAAGAUUGCACUGGGCGCCUUGUCUUGCGCUUCAAAAAUGGUCAUCGCCCAAGCGGAUCGUGAUCAAGCAGUCCAUCAUCUUGUCGACAAGUUGGAUCAAGUCUAUAACUUCAUGAUACAGGACGAGACGCUUCGCCAGAUUUCAUCGAUGCGUGGUAUCGUUGGACAGAUCUCUCAGCAGACCCUUGAAUACGCCCGUUUCAUCAGAGAUUAUUCAGAGACUAAGAACUUUUUCUUCUAUUGUAACAGGGAAGAGACUCGGGAAAGACAUUCUCACCGAAACAAACAAUGA